AUGAAACGCGAAUACCUCCCGAUCGAAUCCCUGCCAGCUUGGCAGCGGCUCAACGGGGUUGUCGUUCAAGGCAUCGCGGUUCAUAAGGUUGGAUCUGAUCAACAUGGCGCAGACAAAGGCAGUGCCCUCAUCGCAACGGAAGCCCAGAUGAGCAGCGAGGACGAUGCGAAACCCAAGAUUCUCCUACAAAUUCCUUCGGAAUUAGUUUUGUCCCUAGAGACCAUCCAUAACCAUGCCAAAAUCGACAAGUAUUUGCGCGAGGUGCUGGAUUCACUCGGUGACUUUGGCAGGACUGCCAGAGGAGCAAUCCUGAUAUUCCUGCUCAUUCAACUAUCUCAUAGCAGCCCCGAUCUGCUCCCAGCACACGAGACCGUCGGUAUCUCCAACCCAUGGACCGAAUACGUGAAGUUCCUGCCUCCAUCGUUCCCUCUGCCUACCUUCUACACCCCCGAGGAACAAGAGCUCCUCCGGGGCACCUCGCUUGCGGAAGCCCUGGAUGCGAAGUUUUCAUCUCUUGAGCGGGAGUUUGAACAGCUCCGCCACGCUACGGAGGGUAUUGCGUGGUGCCAGCAGAGCUGGUGGGAUGAGAAGACUGGUGUGCUGACAGUUGAUGACUGGAAAUACGUUGACGCUGCUUACCGCUCGCGCAUGCUGGAUCUACCCGGCAGUGGUCUGGUGAUGGUGCCUUGCAUCGAUAUGGCCAAUCACGUCUCUGGUGAUGGAGUCAAGGCGCUGUAUGAUGCAGACUCGGAUGGAAAUGCCGUACUUCAGUUGCGGUGGGGCAAGGGUAUCCAGCCAGGAGAAGAGGUUACGAUUUCAUACGGAGAUGAAAAGCCCGCAUCUGAGAUGAUAUUUUCCUACGGAUUUCUGGAAAGCGGCACGACGGAAGCACGGGAAAUAUUUCUCAAUCUAGAUAUCCCAGAGGACGACCCUCUCGGCGUUGCAAAGAGCAUGUUCUGCCGGAGCAAUUCGGGACUUCGAAUCUCGGCCGUUGAGGGGUCCGAGGAAGUAACGUGGGAAAGUGGGCUUGCGUGGAUAGCAUGCGUGAACGAAGAAGACGGGCUUCACUUUGGUAUCGCACAGACAACCGACGGCGACCGGGAGUUGGAAACGACCUGGAAAGGCGAAAAGAUCCAAUCAGCCAGUCAUCUCCGUGAGCUUCUCGCUGCUGAUCCCUUAUGGGAGAUUUUCCAGCUUCGCGCCGCGGUGCUACUUCUCGACCGGCUCGAGACCCAGCUCGCUCUUCUCCAGGAGACUGAGGAGAUUAUCUCGAAUAUGCAAGAAGACCAAGCGGCUUUGGAUUCCAUGUUCCGACCUGGGAUUUUCACUUCGAUUGCGCACUUCCGGGUCUUGGAGGGGGAGCUGCUGGAAAGGGCUGUUGAGGAAUUAAUAAAACAGAGAACGGAACUGCUGGCUUCUAAGACGGUGGCUGAAUAUUUCAAGGCACAGACAGGAGAGCCGGACGAAGCCGAUGACUUUUCAUGA